AUAAUAGUUUAACAAUUACUCACAACACGAUAAGAUCGAAACCUUUUAACACGACGGAGAACUAAAUUACACCUAUUGUUAAUAUAGCACGCGCUCUAUAGACGGUGAACAUUUUUGUCAUUGCUGUGCAUAUGAUGCAGACAUUUCCAUCGCAAAAGUUUGGGUGUUCGAAACUAAAUCUGUAUACUAAUAAUAAAUACUUAUAUACAAUGAAAGUGCCAACUCUGUUCCCCAGGACGGUGAUGCCACCCCCAGAGGUGAGCGAAACAGAACCGAUGCCGAAAGAAGCAACCAAAAAUGGAAAACAUCUCGAUCCAACAGAUGCAAUGGAGUCGAUGACAAUCCACGAAAGAUUUGAUAUUUUCAUGAACGAAACAAGCUUCACGGCACUAACCAGAAUCCACAAAGCCAACUCGAUCAUCAAACGAAUAGUUUGGUUUGUCGUACUCGUCGGGAUGUUGGCUUGGCUAAGUGUCCAAUGCUACUGGCUGUUGGAUAAAUACUUCAAAUAUCCCGUAGAUGUGAAAAUAGAGCUGAUCUCUUCACCAACGAUGGAAUUUCCAAGUGUAACUAUCUGUAACAGGAAUCCCCUAAGAAAAAGCAUGAUAGAUUACUCCCCAUUUCGUACCAUGCAAGACGAUUUCCUGAAGGUGAAACAAGAUGACAGACUGUAUGAAAAGGCUUUUGACAUGAUGUUUAAUUCAGAUACUUGGAAUUCAUCCACGACACCAACAGUGCCUGGUCAAACUCAGAGCGGCGCUUCUUCUACUAGUCCAACUCUCGGGGACAGACAUCGGUACAACAGAAGGUUCCAAUGCUACCACAGGAUCCGUACUGAGUCGAAUGAAAGAAAGAAUUUCAAUGUUUGGGACGCCUUGUCAGAUCCUUCUACGGCUGAAAAUUUUUAUAAAAAAAAGUCGUCGAAUAUUGAAAACACGCUGGCCUAUUCUGGAUUUGCUGCCUGCAUUGAUGAGAGCGAACUACAGGAGUAUGGUCACCAAAUUGAUGAUUUACUCAUGUCAUGCACAUUUCAAGGAUAUCCAUGUUCAGUCAAGAAUUUUACAUACACACACAAUUCAAAGUACGGCAACUGUUACACAUUCAACCACCAUAAGAACAACCAGUCGACAGUAUCCAGCUCCUAUCCAGGACCCCUGAUGGGUCUAGUAAUGGAGUUUAAUAUAGAGCAAAAUGAGUAUGUAGAGUCUCUAGCACCGGAAGCUGGCGUACGUGUCCUCAUCCAUGAGAGGGGUUCCUACCCCAUACCAGACGACGACGGAUUCUACAUCGCCCCCGGAUUUGUCACCUCUGUUGGGAUACAGGAGGUUCGAAUCACCCGGCUGCCUCCCCCACAUGCCAGCUGUGCUGAUCAUGGUGUAAAGACAGACUAUUACAGGGAGAAGUUUGAUACGAUUUACACCAAGCAGCCAUGCCUCAAAUCAUGUUACCAAGACAACGUUAUGGCUUCGUGUAAUUGUGCUGUACCCUACUAUAUCAUCCCUGACGGGGCGAGCACGUGUGACGUGACCAACGACAGUGUUGUUGAAUGCUUGACAGCGUCGAUGUGUCGCAUGGACCUGUGUGAUGAUAUGUGUCCGGAUCCAUGCAAUGAGAGAAAGUAUCAGUCCUACGUCUCCAUGGCGUCUUGGCCUUCAGAUGCAUACUCAGAAAGCCUUGACAAAAAACUCAUGCGGUCCUCUACGGAUUUUAUGGAGCAAGAUCGACUGAAUAGCAGAUCUAACAAUGUGGCGAAAAUGGAAAUCUUCUUUAAGGAGAUGAUCUUCGAAAAAAUCGAGCAACAAAGAGGAUACGAGUCUCAGAACUUAAUUUCUGACAUUGGAGGACAAUUGGGUCUUUGGCUCGGGUUAUCCGCCAUAACCAUUGGAGAGCUUGUGGAGUUCUUUGCUGCCAUCUUUAAAGCUGUCACGGCGAAGGCGGUCCGUCGACGGACCUACGAAGGAGAACCAGUAGAGAAGUUUCAGAACAUUGCCACUCGUGUUGGAAGACGGAGCCGUAACGGUAGUGAUGGCCUGCGCGUGGAGUCGCUGACAGAAUGACCCGACAUCAUUAUCAUGGGGAUAUUUUACACCAUUUUCUUUUUUGUAGUAUUUUUUAACAUAGUAGACAAUUAUGAAUGGAAUGAAUUUCUAUCACUCAAUCUGUAUCAUUUAAAAUGUUCUAUAUUCUAAAUAAUGAUUUUUUUUAACAAAUGAAUUGUAAUAUGCAUACCCACACGAAACGUAAUAUCACAUUCAUUAUGUUUUACUUACUCCGAAACCAUGUUCAAUCAAGCUAACCAUCUCUUAUAAUAGGUAUUACAAUGCACUAUUAAUUGUUUUAUCGCAAGAAUAUCUCACACAACAUGAUACAAGUAAUAUCUUAUCCAAUGAAAUACAUAAUUGCCUGGCAUAAUGUUUCCUUGAAAUAAUGACUCCCUAUUCGGUAAAAACAUAUAUAUGAAUGCUCUAAUUAUAGUUUAAAAGGCAUAAAAAACUUCAAAAAUUGUAUACACAAGACGUCAUUAUUUCGUAUUCCAAACAUUACAUAAAUACAUCACAUUCCAAAAAAUGUCCAAACAAACAAUUUUCAAACAGCAUAUAGAUGAUUUUGUUCCAAAGAAGGGUGUGUUUUAUUAAUAAAGUGAGGCGAAUCUCUAGCAAUAUUCAUAUGACUUUUACUCAGUUAUCCUACAGCUAGAGUUUGUGUCAUUAAUCAACAAAAAAAUGGAAUUGACCUUCAAUGUAUAUAUCUGUAUAUGUAGUAAGCUUGUUAUGUCUACUUUUAUUGUCACUAUACAUACUCAAUAUAUUUUAUCAUGAUAUAUAGACGUAACAUUUAGUCUGUAUUUAUUAAAGAGGCUUGCCCGCAGAGAGAUCAGAAAAGUUGGCUAAUAGAAACAGAUUUUUUACACAUGACAGAUUGUUGGAAUUGUUGAGUUUUUCAUUUCAU